AUGCCUCCCAACACUGCCCAGGUACGAGUCACUGGCCAGGAUCCCAGAUGUCCCAGACGGGUGCUGAAAAAGAGCGCUGCGCGCUCUGAAGCCCAAGAUGAUAUGCGCCAAGCCGCUCGUGCCAUAUUUUUUUCUGUGUCCAAGCCGAGCAUCACCGAGCUUCGAAGGAACGGCUGGAUGGCCAUGUCCAGAACCUUGAAACCAAGCGGUUCAAGGCCCGAGCGAGCCAUUUUCAAGCAAGUGAGGGUCGUCGCCCAACGUUGCCACAUGUUGCUGCUGGCAGAUUCGAUUCCUGGCUUUCGCCGCCGGUCCAUCCACAAUGCUGCUGGUGUUCGCGGCGUUCAGGUGCAAAGUGAGCAGCCUUGCGCCGUGCGUGAAACACAGACAUUGCCAAGUCGUGACUCGCAGGGUUUGGUCGCGAUCUGCAGCGUGCCCAGAUCAGGGCGAUUUCGAUCGCACCGGGCAUGCUGUCUUGCGUGGACAUUGAUUGUUGGAUGGACUUGUUUCUCGAAGGCACGCGAGGAUUCUGAUCGAGCCGGUGUCCUGGAAGCUCGCCUGCUUUGA